AUGAGGACUCGGAAUUGCGAAGGAAACAUGCUCUUUGUCCGGCUGCACAAUGCUCUUUCGUUUCAAUGCUUUUCACACUGUUCUCUUUGUUGCUUUGGACUCGCCCCGCUACGUUGUUCGUUGAGACUUGGUGGCCUCAGUGCUAUAUCUGCAGUUUGCGCGUUGAUAUACCAUCCAAGCUCCUCAAGUACCUACAUUCCCGUAAUGCCACCCACUCCACGACGCUCAGGGCGCUCGCGAACACCUCGACAUUCACCGUAUAAGGCCGAUUAUGGCAACUGUCCAUCUGAGCCAUUCGUCCAAAAUAAGUAUUUCUACGCGGCAGACGAAGCGUUGUUCGCCAUCAUCAAUCCCAUCCACACAACAUCAACAGAAUUCCCCGUUACGCCAGAGGAGAUCAAAUGUAUAAGAUUCGAUCCUCGCAAGUGGCAGAACGUCCCUCGACCCACCAACUACCACGGUCCAUGGCCGCCGAAAAGUCCGUCGCAGCUGCUGAACACCGACUUUUCCAUUGACGACAUGGGCGGGAAUCGAGCCGCCAAACAAUUCCAGAGAAGACACGGCGAACAGAUCAACGAAGAGUGCCUUGGUAAGUUCUGUUGGCAAAACGCAGGCCUGCCCAACGGCAUCUAUUGCCUAGAGGCCAGCUGCGAGCACACCUUUCCAGAAUGGCUGACCGGCCAAGCACGGUGGCGGGAGCGCUUCGAGGUCCGGACCAACCCCGGCAUGGGCUACGGCCUGUUCUCAAAAGCGAAUCCAAGCGUAGGCUUGACAGGGACUUUGAAGAAAGACGACAUCCUCGGUGCCUACCUUGGUGAGUUGAUUCCCGCGCGCAACGACAACACUGACUACUGCCACGAAGUCACCAUCGGUCCCGAGUUCCAGAAGACGAGCGCUCCAGUCGCGUAUAUCGAUGCUGAGAAGCACGGAAGCCACGUGAGGUUCUGCAACCACAGCUGCGACAGCAAUGCUAAGAUCUUCGAGGCGCGAGUUGGGAAAGAGAGGGUCCUGGUAUUGAGGGCGACCAAGCGGAUCAAAGCUGGUGAGCAGAUCUGCAUCGACUAUGGCGAUGAUUACUUCCGGCGCAGGCAGUGUUUGUGCAGGUCUGAAAAGUGCAAGUACCCAGAUGCAGUGAAUGCCGUCAUGCCAAUGGGAGCGCCAAAGUCGGCGUGCAGGAAACCCAAGAAGAAGAGUCGAUAUGGGGAGAAUAGAGCGGAUUCUGUACAUGGUGUGGAUGCGGAAAUGGAUCUGGAAAUGAAUCACUGA